UCUAGCCUUCUAGCCUUCUUCUUCCCCCAUAAGCAACUGUUUGUUUCUUAAUUUUUUCAAAAAUUAUGCUUACCAUGGAGGAUCAAGCUCGGUUCCAGAACUCACUGAGUCUGACUCAGCUGAUGAGGUCUCUAUUUCUGAGGAAGAUCACACAGUUGCUACUCUCAGUGUCUGUGUUCUCCUUCAUCUUCUCUUGUUCAGAAUGGUAUUAUUCCUUCAAGGCCCCAAUGCUGAGCCAAGCUGUGGACAAAAACUGCAUCUUCCUCAUCUGUAAUGGGAUCCUGGUCUUGCUUGCUAAGACCUCUGGCUGCAACAGCCACCCCUUCAAGAUGAUCGAAGAUAGAGAAGCUCCAUUGCUGGAGAUGGAGGACUCGUUUCUAGACAAGCAAGUCUCACUGGAAGCUAUGGAGCCUUCAGAGAAUGCUUUAAUAGAAGAAGAAGAAGCUCCAAAUGGGCUUCUGGUUAAAUUAGAAGAAGAAGAAGACGAAGAAGAAGAAGAAGAAGAAGAAGAAGAAGCUCCAAAUGGGCUUCUGGUUAAAGAAGAAGAAGAAGAAGAAGCUUCCAAUGGGCUUCUGAUAGAAGGAGAAGAAGAAGGGACUACAGAAAACAAUGGCUUCCCAGAUGAAUUGGAAGGAGAAAAUGAAGCGAUGAGCACAGAAGAGUGGAACAAGAAGUUUGAUGAGUUUAUAAGGAGGAUGAAGGAAGAAUUCAGGAUUGAAGCUUGUGAGCAACAGUUGAUCAUGGCUUAGUAAAUUAAACUUCUCUAUUUAGGCUCUGUAAAAUAUUAAUUAAGUCCUAUUAUAUAUAUAAUUAUGUAUAAUGUAACAUUAAUUAAUUAAUCAUCUUUUCUUUCCUCAA